AUGGCCUCUUCCUUACCACACCCAAAGAUUGUCAAGAAGCACUCCAAAAAGUUUAAGCGUCACCAUUCUGACCGUUACCACAGAGUUGCUGAAAACUGGAGAAAGCAAAAGGGUAUCGAUUCUGUUGUCAGAAGAAGAUUCAGAGGUAACAUUGCUGAACCAACCAUUGGUUACGGUUCCAACAAGAAGACUAAGUUCUUGACUCCAUCUGGUCACAAGGUUUUCUUAGUCGCCAACAUUAAGGACUUAGAAACCUUAAUGAUGCACACCAAGUCUUACGCUGCUGAAAUCGCUCACAACGUUUCCGCUAAGAACAGAGUUGGCAUCUUAGCCAGAGCUAAGGCUUUAGGUAUUAAGGUAACCAAUCCAAAGGGUCGUUUAGCUUUAGAAGCUUAA